AUGAAGAAUAAGUUUGAAAUUAAGUUGAGGGAACAACCUGUGGCUGAAUCUGGAGUUGAGUUAGAAGGAGUGAAACAUAAUGAUCAAGAAGAGGUCGGAGUCGAAACUAACCGUGAAGGCAACGAAAAUGAAAUUGUGGAGGAAGAAACUAAUAAUGAUGAAGAUGAAGAAGAAUCUAAAGAAACCGAUGAUGAUGACCACACAAGACGCGGUAAAUUGCUCAAGCGUCAAAGGGGUAAAUAUUGGCCAUUAAGUAAAGAAUGUGCUUCGCUUCGCAAUCUAGUGGUUAGUACAGGACUAGGGCCUGGAAUUCUUCAUUUGCAAUCGGGGUAUGAUAGUGUUGUGGUCUCUGCCUUCAGGGAAAGAUAUUGGGUUGAAACCGAUACGUUUCAUCUUCCAUUUGAAGACAUGACAAUAACACCGGACGAUGUGAAUCAAAUUACUGACCUUGAAGUUGAAGGAAAAUCUGUGUUUGAAGGUUUCGACAACAACAUGUCUUGGACUGACCUUUAUAUCCUUGUUCAGGAAACACUUGGGUGGGGGAAAGAUGAAACUGAGAUGGAGUUUCAGUUGGCUGGUGGUUAUGACCCUGUUGAACCACAUAAACCCAAAAUCAUCAAAAAGCUAUUGUUGAAGAAUCUGAGGAAUAAGUUUGAAGGAACAUCAGCAAAGGAAAGGGCAAGUCAGGUGAUGGAUGAAACAACAGUUAGGCGUACAUCCAUAGCGUAUUUGUUGUAUUCUCUUGGGACCGUAUUCUUUCCCGAUAACUCGGGAAAUAGGGUCAAUGUUCAUUACCUACAAAUGUUGAAGAAUUUGGACAACAUCAAAAACUAUUCGUGGGCCACCUCAACCUUUGCAUAUUUACUUGACAUCCCAAGAAAGGCCUCUAGGGUUGGAGCUACUGAAAUUGCCGGGAAUAUUGCGCUUUUAAUGGCAUGGGUUUAUGACCACUUUCCAAGCCUGAGACCUCCUACUGAGUGGGAAGAACAUGAUUAUGGCCCUACGGGAAAGAAGUUCAAGUUCACUGGCAGACAACUAAGGAACAAAGAGGAGAAGCUCAUUCAAAUGAGGAAGAAAAUAGAUGUUUUCACUGUUGAAGAUGUUAUCUUUGACCUUAUUUGA